CAGCUGAUGCUCUCUGGCAUCGUAAUACUGUUCAGAUAAUAGCCCUUGCUAUAUUCAAUUUUCUUUCAUUAAUAUAUGCGGGAAUACAACUUUAUCAACACAAAAUCCUCGAAGACGAAGGAACUCAAGCGCCAAAAGUAUAUUAUGAAGCCAGGAUGCGGCCACUCGAAUAUACUAUUAUUGGCCUAAUAUCAGGAUUUUCAGUAUAUUUGGCACUCAUGUCUUAUUUGCUCUCCAGAGAAUUUGGUUGGGAAAACUACAAAACUUAUUCUGGUGAUCUUCUGGUCCACAAUACAUAUUUGUACCUCACAAUUUUACAGACAUUGAUUAAACUGGAUGUGUUCUUUAUCGGAUCAUACGCCUUACAACUUAUACCUUCUCAACAAAUUGGUUAUUCAUAUAGUGUCAUAGAAGUUGGCCUUGCCUUUUUUUUCGGUACACUCAUGUUGCUGCUUGCUUGGUUCUCAGUCACCAUGGAGCUGAAAUAUCUCCUAUUAUCGGUGAUCAAUAUUUAUUCUAUUUCAUUGAUUUACUGGGCAUUUCGACUGGUAUCAGUUAACCUUAAACCUUCAGGCGAAACUGAUCCAUAUCAAUUCACUCGACGGUUCCUAAGCUUCUUUUUAGCUACAACAUUCGUACUUAUAGCAUUUACUGUAUUUUAUUCUGUUAUUUGUUUUCGAAACAUGAUGCGUGGAGUUUAUGUACUUACGGUAUUUGGACAGCCUGAAAAUGAAUCAGAAGGUAGAAGUCCAUAUUUAGGCGUAGACAAUUUAUCACCUACAUCACCCAGAAUGUCAAAGAGACAAAGUGCAAUUCUUCAACAACAACGAUUACGAGCACAAGAACCCAAAGUACUUCUAGAUUAA